AUGGCAGACGGCGGAGACGUGGAUCUCGGCGGAUCUGCAGGCCCCCAGGCUUGGAAAGCAUCUUUCGCCAAGGGCAAGCCUUCUGUGACGCAAAGGGACGGAGUAACUUCCAAAUUUGGCCCAACUGUUGGCAGUGGUUUGUGGGAAGGUGGUAGGUACGGAAAGCCGAAGGCCGCGUAUGGAAUGCCGGCCAAACAAAAAUACCUUAUGUCAGAAUCAAUCGCUACUCGCGCCUCCCUCGCCUGCAUACAUUUGCCCCCCCACGGGCAAGCCUGCUUUGCACCUUGUUUAACCGUUCUCUUUCGCCUGUACGAAAAUGGGUUUGCCAGAGUGCAUGCGGAGCCGCCGUGUCACACCCUCAAAGAAGGUUUUUGUCAUGGUCUCCAGCUCCCGUCUGUCAACCUUUUCCCCGACUCUAGGUAA